AUGGGGGCACGACGCAGUGGCCAAAAAGGAGGGCUCGUGGUGGUCGCUAGCAUGGCAAUUUGGGACCGCAACGAGGCACCUCGCGGUGUUACUGGCGUAGUGCGAUGGCCAGGGCGGACGUGGAGAAGGCUAGGCUUGGAGUGGUGCGGCUCAACAAGGGAGGUGGAUUGGCGCGAUGAAACAGGGGUCCGCAGAGGUGGUCUAGGUCACUUACGGAGGCUUGAUGGAGGUGGCGAGGAGUGGAGGUUAGGAUUGGGGCUCAGCGCGGUGGAGACCAUGGAGGAAAGUGAGAUGCAAAGAAAAUGGAAAAUGGUCGCGAGGGAGAAUAAGGUGAUAGGUGGGGCGAGUUUGUGGGUGAGUGAAGGUGGGGGUUGGAUUUGCGAUAGCCGCGGCUGGGUCCAUAUGGUUGGCCAGUUAAGCUGGGGUGAUAGUUAG